AUGUUUACUACAAUGACUUCAAGUGACUUUGCUUCCUUGAUCAAGGGUCGCAAGCUUGAUCCAGGACUACUGAAGAGGUUGAAUGUUGCAAUGUUAGCUAUUAACCAACUUAUUGAAGUUGCAGAUGAGAAACAACUCAUAGACGAUGCUAUUAGAAGCUGGGUUGCUGAGCUUAAAGAUGCUGCCUAUGAUGCUGAUGACUUUAUUGAUGAGCUUGGUUAUGAAGCCAUUCGAGCUGAGGCUGAAGCUGCAUCACAAACUGCCACAGGGAAGAUGUUGAGCUUUUUCUCCUAUCGUAAUCCUUUCAAGGAUGGAAUUAAUGGAAAGCUGAAGAAGCUUCUUGAGAGGCUUGAUGGCCUGAUAAAGUUAAAGAACACGCAUGGGUUGGAUGUGGAUACCGGGAACAAAGUAUUGACUACAAAACCUCCUACCACUUCUCUUGUCCUUGAAUCUUGUAUUUAUGGGAGGGAGGCUGAUAAGGAAACUAUUAUGAAUUUACUGCUCUCCAAUGAUCGAAGUAGUGAUGAUUUGGGCGUCAUUACAAUUGUUGGAACAGGUGGUGUGGGUAAAACCACGCUUGCUAAGUUGAUGUACAAUGAUAGUAAGGUUCAAGAGCAUUUCCAAGUAAGUGCUUGGAUUUGUGUCUCGGAAGAAUUCGAUGUCAACAAAAUAACAAAAGACAUACUUGAAGAGCUUAGCGGAAAGGCUUCUGAUAAUCGUACUUUACAUCAGCUACAAAUUGAGUUAAGAGGUCGAUUGACACAAAAGAAGUUCUUGCUCAUUCUAGAUGAUGUUUGGAAUGAGAGUGAUCGUGAAUGGGAUUUGCUACAAACACCUCUCAAGUAUGGUGCAAAGGGAAGUAAGAUUAUUGCUACGACACGACAUUUAAAUGUAGCGUCAGUCAUGUCAACCACUGACACAUAUCAUCUAAACCCAUUAACAAGUGAUGAUUGUUGGAUGAUAUUCUCAAGCUGUGCAUCUCUCGAUGGAAAUUUAAGUGCACGUCCAGAGUUGGAAACUGUCGGUAGACAAUUAGUUGAGAAAUGCCAGGGUCUACCUUUGGCUGCAAGAACCUUAGGAGCUCUCCUACACACCGAACAAGAUGUAGAGAAAUGGGAGAAGAUAUUGAAGAGUAACCUAUGGGAUCUACAUGAUGAGAUUCUUCCAGCUCUUAUAUUGAGCUAUCAAUAUCUUCCAUCGUACUUGAAACAAUGUUUUGCUUAUUGUGCAAUUUUCCCGAAGGAUUAUAGAUUUCAAAAGGAAGAACUAGUUCUCUUAUGGAUGUCUGAAGGUUUCAUAAGUUCACCCGAGGUCGAGAAAGAGUUUGAGGAAAUAGCUUCGGAGUACUUCGAUCAACUUGUAUCAAGGUCAUUCUUUCAACAAUCAAGUGGGAUGGCUACUUGUUUUACUAUGCAUGGCCUAAUUCAUGAUUUAUCUGAAUAUGUAUCUGGCGAAUUUUGCUUCCAACUUGAUGGCAAUGAUUUAUCAAAGAUCACUACAAGGACUCGUCACUUAAGGUACGCAAGAACAACUAAAGAUGCUUCUAGAAAAAUUGAGGACAUCUACAGAGCUCGAGUUUUACGCACCUUCUUUUCAUCAAAGGCAAUAUGGUGGAAUGUUGAUUAUAAAUCCAUUGACAAUGAUGUAAUUAAUGGUCUCUUGAGUACACUAAGCAACUUACGCGUACUAUCUUUUUACGGAUACAAAGUAGUUGAGUUGCCUAAUUCAAUUGGUAACUUGAAGCACUUACGUUAUCUAAAUCUCUCCCUGACUUGUAUAAAGGAGUUGCCUGCAAUGAUUUGCACCCUUUAUAAUCUGCAGAUUUUGAUUAUGCAAUCUUGCAAAGAACUUGAAGUAUUGCCCGACUCAAUCGGUAAGUUGAAGCAGUUGCAACAUUUAGAUCUCUGUCAAACAGCAAUUGGAAUGUUGCCAGACUCCGUGGUGUUGUUGACCAACUUGUAUCAUCUUGACCUUACAGAGACAAAACUACAAGAGAUGCCAUUGCAAAUUGGAAAACUGACAAAACUUCAAUGUUUAACUGAUUUUUUUGUGGGAAAGCGCAGUGGCUCUAGCAUUAAGGACUUGGAGGAGCUCCACCACCUCCGAGAAACACUUCGUAUUUGGAAUCUUCAAAACGUUGUAGAUUCGGCAGACACAUUUGGAUCUCCUUUGAAGAGUAAGAAGGACCUUAAAAGGUUGGAGUUAAGAUGGGAUGGGGACGCUGAUGACUCAUCGCAUGAAGUAAUGCUAAUGGAGAAGUUGCAACCAUAUGUCCAAUUGAGUAGCUUGAAUAUUGAUGGUUAUAGAGGAACAACAUUUCCAGUAUGGGUUGGGGAUUCUGCAUUCACACAUAUAGUCACCAUGGAACUUGCUGGAUGUAAGAACUGUUAUUGCCUACCCUCACUUGGUCAGUUGGUGUCUUUAGAAAAGCUAUCUAUCAAAGCAUUUGACAGCCUCCGAACUAUUGGUGAGGAGCUUUAUGUGAGCACCACAUCUACAGAGAAUCCAUUUAGAUCCCUUAAAACUUUGGAGUUUGAGGACAUGCCGGAAUGGGAAGAAUUGACUCCUUUUGUGGCAGAAAAUGUUGGUGAUACUUUUCCACUCCUAGAACAGCUUUACUUGACUAAUUGCCCAAAACUGAGGCAAACAGUGUCGAGCCAUCUUCCCUCGCUAGAGACACUUAGGAUCAGAGAUUGUCAGCUACUCAGGAUACCUUCACUUCCUAGCAAAUCUGUUGUUUUUAAAAUGGAAUUGAGGGACAUGUCACGUUCGUUGAUGCUAGAGACGUCGACAGAUGGGAUGCAUUCAGUUCGCAUCACUGGGUAUGGCUCCCAGUACGCAGGAAUCAAUGAAAUGGAGCCAAUUAACUGUCUUUCGACUACUUUAGAAGAAAUUGACAUUGAAAAAUGUCCGUCACUUAAAUGCUUCCCGCUAGAGUUGUUCCCAAAAUUGAAAAGUCUUUCUAUAAAGAAUUGUGAAAGUCUAGAAUCCUUAUGUAAUGAGGAGGAAAUUCCCAAGGAUUUGGAUUCUUUGACUUCUGUGAGAAUUUCAGAAUGUCCUAAAUUAGUAUCAUUUCCCAAAGGAGGAUUACCAGCCCGAAAUUUGAAUGAUCUUGCUUUGUUAACUUGCUCAACUCUAACAUGUCUACCAGAUUCUAUGGACUCACACCUUCCUUCCCUUAUGGAGUUAACAGUGGGUCAAUGUCCUGAAAUUGAGUGUUUUCCAGAAGGUGGGUUGCCCUCCAAAUUGCAAAUACUGAAGAUUUGUGCCUGUGAUAAACUCGUAGCUGGGCACAUGCAGUGGAACUUACAGUCACUCCCCUCUCUUUUGUACUUCAGUAUUGAUUCCAACAAAGAACUAGAAUCGUUCCCGGAGGAGACACUGCUCCCUUGCACCCUCACCACUCUUGGGAUUUUGAGCAUCCAAAAUUUAAAAUCUUUGGAUGAACAAGGGAUCCAACAGUUGAGUGCUCUUAAAGAGUUGAAGAUAAGUGCUUGUCCGAAUUUGGAAUCUUUUCCCAUUGGGGAUUUGCUACCCACGUUAGAAUCACUCGAGAUAAUUAGUUGUGACAAACUUGUAUCCGGUCGAUCGCAAUGGAAUUUACAGGCAAUCACAUCUCUAUUGCAGUUGAAGUUUUUUGAAAAUGAUGAAGUGGAAUCACUUACAAGGGAGAUGAUGUUACCAUCCUCACUAGUCUCUCUUGAGAUCCGAGAUCUUUAUAGCUUGAAAUCAUUGGAAGGCCUUCAACAACUUACUUCUCUUAGAGAUUUGAAGAUUUAUCGUUGCCCCGAUCUUAUGGCCAUUCCAGAAGAGGGCCUUCCAUCAUCACUCUCUUCCAUGUCGAUCCUCCGUUGUCCAUUCCUUGAGCAAAGGUGUCAACAGGACAAAGGUGAAGAUUGGAGCAAGAUUUCCCACAUUCCAAACUUAGAAAUUGGUCACUAUAACAUAUAA